AUGUCUACCAUAGCUGCACAGAUUUCUAACUUAAAUAAAAAGUUUGAUAAUUUGAUGACCGUUAAAUCUGUGAAGUUUUUUGAUGUGGUUUGUGAAAUAUGUGCAAGUAUACAUGCAAGUACUGAGUGCCCAAACAUUGGUUCAUUUUCGGAGUAUAUGCAAGAGCAAGCAAAUCAAGUGAAUGAUUUUUCUCGUCAGCGGAAUAACCCAUAUUCAAACACUUACAAUCCUGGUUGGCGUUUUCAUCCAAAUCUUCAAUGGAAUAACAAUCUGAAUGUUAUGAAUCCUCCAGCUAGGCCGCCUCCUAUGAAUUUCCAGCCACAAGAAAAGAAGACACCAGUGGAAGACUUGAUAGCUCAACUUGCUACAAACACAAAUAACUUCAUUCAAGCAACUCAGACAACACUCCAAAAUCAGCAAGCUUCAAUUGGGAAGCUGGAAGUUCAAGUUAGUCAGAUUGCUAGUGCGUUGAAUGAAAAAGAGAUUGGGAAAUUUCCAAGUCAGCCGGAAGUGAAUCCGAAGAACCAAGAGCACAUUAAAGCUAUUACAUUAAGGAGUGGCAAGACCAUAGAAACGGAGGGUGCAAAGAAAGAAAAGAAGUCUGAAAAACCUGAGAAUGAUUCACUCACAUUGCAAGAUGAGGAGUUAGCACAAGAAAAGAUUUAUUCACUACCUGUUCCAUAUCCUCAGCGUUUGCAAAGGGCUAAGAAAGACAAGAACUUUUUUGAAAUUUUAGAUUUAUUUAAAAAGGUACAUAUUAACACUCAUUUGCUUGAUGCAGUGAAACAAAUUCCGAGUUAUACAAAAUUCCUAAAGGACAUCUGCACUAACAAGAAGAGGUUUGUGGAACACGAAAAAGUGAUAUUGUCUGAAGAGUGCAGUGCCGUUUUGCAACAAAAGCUACCCCCAAAGUUAAAAGAUCCAGGGAGUUUUACUAUUCCUUGUACAAUUGGCAAAUUUUCCUUUGAAAAAGCUUUGUUUGAUUUAGGAGCUAGUGUUAAUUUAAUGCCAUUUACUAUCUUUAAACAGCUUGGUCUUGGAGAGAUGAAGUCCACUUCGGUAUCUUUACAACUUGCUGAUCGUUCGGUUACAUAUCCAAGAGGAAUCAUUGAAGAUGUUCUAGUUCGAGUUGAUCAAUUCAUUCUACCGGUUGAUUUCUUGGUACUUGACAUGGAGGAGGAUCGAGAAAUUCCAAUCAUUUUGGGCCGUCCAUUUAUGGCUACCGUUGGAACUCUUAUCGACGUCCAAAAAGGUCUCCUCAAUUUGAGAGUUCAAGGCAAGGAAGUGGUGUUCAAGGUCGUUGAGGCUAUGAAAUAUCCAAGUGAUUCUGAAAGAUGCUUUCGAGUUGAGGCGUUGGAAGAGCUAGUGAAUCUGAAAUAUAUAGAGCAACAUUCGGAUGAUCCUUUGGAAGCAUGCUUGGUUCAUUCUGAAUUGAGUGGUGGAACAAAUGAAGAUGUACUUGCUAUUUCAGCAAUGUUAUAUUCUGCUCCUGUACACAAUCAGCAUCGGAGACAUUAUUUUAAGGCUUUGGGACCAGCUCCAAAGAAAAUUCAACCAUCUAUUGAGGUUGCACCUAAGUUAGAGUUGAAGCAAUUGCCAGAAAAUCUGAAGUAUGCUUAUUUAGGGGCUGCCGAGACCCACCUGUCAUAA